GACAAAAGCAAAAAAGAGUAUUCAACUCACUUGCUUAUCGACACGCGGUAUAUGAUUUUAUAUGUAGAUGUGAUACUUCGGCCAAUAAAUUAUUUGAGUUUGGUUUAAUGUAUUGGGUCUAUCAAAACAAUCAACCAAUUAGAUUCGCAUAAUUUUGAAGUGUCUUCUUUCCAAUCACAAAUAUAUGUAAUAUGAAACGGUUGUGUUAAUAUAAGAAUAAAAUAUUUUUUAUACAAUGAAUAUUCUGCAACCUGAGCUGAUUUGGAUAGAUGGUCGGUGUUACAGACUAUUCGGAAAUAUCGAACGGCCAAGUGCCCAAAAUAUUUCUCCUUAUUUUGAAGAUAACUAUCAAGUGGAUUAUAAAGAUUCUGAAGAUGAAUGUGAUAUAGAAAUUGUACCAUAUGAGUCGACAAGAUUUAAACACACAUUUCAUGUGUCAAAAUCAUUCUUUCCAUUUAUUAUUGGAUCUAAACAUGCAGUACGUAAAAAAUUAGAAAGUGAAACUAGAACAUCGAUACAAAUUCCAAGAUUAGGUGAAGAUGGAGAUAUUGUAAUAAUUGGUACUGACCGUAAAGGAAUAAUGACAGCACGUCGUAGAAUAAAUUUAUUAAUGGAAGCAAGUAGAAAAAAAAUACCAUCAACACAUUUUUUAUCAAUACCUUUAAAUGAAGGUCACAUAAUAAUGAAUUUUAAUAUGUUUAAAAAUGAAGUACUGAAAAAUUCUGGAAAAAAAUCUAAUGGUAUUGAUGAAAUGAUUUUUCAAAUACCAAGCAAGUUACAUCUUACUAUUGCAUUAUUAACAUUACUUGAUGAUACAGAAAAAAAUCAAGCUAUAGAAGCUUUGAAUUAUUGUCAUCAGCAUAUUGUAAAGCCUAUAAUUGAAAAAUAUGGACAAAUUCCUAUAUACUUACAAGGAACUGAUAUAAUGAAUGAUGAUCCUACUGAAACUCGAGUUUUAUAUGCAAAGUUAAUUGACAAUGAGGCUUUGGAAAAAAUGGUAGAUGAAAUUGUAGAUUAUUAUAAUAGGAUAGGUUUAUUAUAUAAAGAAACAGAGAAAGUUAAGUUACAUUUGACUCUUAUGAAUACAAAAUUUAAAUUAAAUGAAGAAGAAAACCAUUAUGAAAAAUAUAAAACAUUUGAUGCAACAGAAAUAAUGAAAGCUCAUAAAAAUACAAUUUUUGGAGAAACUACAUUGAAACAAAUUCAUUUAUCUCAACGUCAUACAAUUAGCAGUAAUGGAUAUUAUCAAGCAAUUGCAAAAAUUAAUUUACUUGAAGGUUUAUAAAUGACAUAUAUCAUUAUUUAAAUAUAUACAUAUUAUAUAUUCAUGGAA